GGACGAGGACAACGAGCGACGGGCGGCGGAGGACGCGGAGGAGGAAGGGGAGGCCGACCAACAAGAUGGCCCCUGCUGCAGGAGCAGCCUCAGCAGCAGCAGGUGGGGGGCUGGAGGCGGCGCUGGCGGUGGCGGCUACGGCCGUGGUCCGGCGGCCUGGGACAGAGUCAGAGUCGAUGGUGGCAGCGGCGGCGGCGGCGGCUGCCGCGACGGUGGCGACGGCCGCAGGGACUCGGAGCUGAGAGGAGCUGCUGCUCGGACCAGCGCGGUUAUAUUUCACACUAUGUGCUGACUGUAUCUACAGAAGAUAUUUAAAAAAAAAGAUAAACUUUUUUCCAAGAUUUUGAUUCCAGUGGAAUCUUUGCUUUAGAUUUUGUGUGUGUGUGUGCGUGUUAGUGAAUUGUAACUCCAGAAGCAAUGCCGGUACAAGCUCCACAAUGGACGGAUUUCCUUUCCUGCCCAAUUUGCACUCAGACUUUCGACGAAACAAUUCGAAAGCCCAUCAGUUUGGGCUGUGGCCAUACUGUCUGCAAAAUGUGCCUGAAUAAACUCCACCGUAAGGCUUGCCCAUUUGACCAGACCACUAUCAAUACGGACAUUGAGCUCCUUCCUGUGAACUCAGCAUUACUGCAACUAGUGGGUGCUCAGAUCCCUGAGCAACAGCCCAUUACUUUGUGUAGUGGGGUUGAAGAUACAAAGCAUUAUGAGGAAGCCAAGAAAUGUGUAGAAGAAUUAGCAUUGUACCUGAAACCACUCAGCAGUGCAAGAGGUGUGGGUCUGAAUAGCACUACUCAGAGUGUUCUGAGUCGCCCAAUGCAGAGAAAACUUGUGACUCUGGUUCAUUGCCAGCUAGUGGAAGAAGAAGGCAGGAUCCGUGCUAUGAGGGCUGCUCGAUCUUUAGGUGAACGCACAGUUACAGAGCUCAUUCUCCAGCACCAGAAUCCUCAGCAACUCUCUUCUAAUCUCUGGGCAGCAGUCAGAGCUAGGGGCUGCCAGUUCCUUGGACCAGCAAUGCAGGAGGAAGCUCUGAAGCUGGUCUUGCUGGCCUUGGAAGAUGGUUCUGCAUUGUCGCGUAAAGUGUUAGUUCUCUUUGUAGUGCAAAGACUGGAGCCACGUUUUCCUCAGGCCUCUAAAACCAGCAUUGGGCAUGUUGUUCAGCUCCUCUACAGAGCCUCUUGCUUCAAGGUCACCAAACGUGAUGAAGACUCUUCUUUGAUGCAACUGAAAGAAGAAUUUAGGACUUAUGAAGCUCUGAGGCGAGAACAUGACUCCCAGAUAGUGCAAAUUGCUAUGGAAGCUGGCUUAAGGAUUGCACCAGACCAGUGGUCCUCUUUGCUUUAUGGGGAUCAGUCUCACAAAUCUCAUAUGCAGUCUAUUAUUGACAAGUUGCAGACCCCUGCCUCAUUUGCACAGAGUGUUCAGGAGCUAACAAUUGCUCUCCAGCGGACUGGAGACCCAGCGAAUUUGAACCGACUAAGACCCCAUUUGGAGCUACUAGCAAACAUUGACCCUAGUCCAGAUGCUCCUCCUCCAACAUGGGAACAGCUAGAAAAUGGACUGGUUGCUGUACGUACAGUAGUACAUGGACUGGUUGAUUAUAUCCAGAACCACAGCAAAAAAGGAGCAGAUCAACAACAGCCUCCACAGCAUAGCAAAUACAAAACAUACAUGUGUCGAGAUAUGAAACAAAGGGGAGGAUGUCCUCGUGGUGCCAGCUGUACGUUUGCACAUUCACAGGAAGAACUGGAAAAAUUUCGUAAAAUGAACAAACGUCUGGUUCCCAGAAGACCCCUGAGUGCCUCUUUGGGUCAACUUAAUGAGGUGGGCCUGCCUUCAGCACCUAUACUUUCCGAUGAAAGUGCAGUGGACUUGUCCAACAGAAAACCUCCUGCACUCCCAAAUGGAAUUGUAUCAUCAGGGAGCACAGUGACACAACUGAUUCCACGUGGGACAGACCCCAGCUUUGAUUCUUCUCUGAAACCAGUAAAGCUAGACCACCUGAGCAGCAGUGCUCCGGGUUCCCCUCCUGACCUGCUGGAAUCUGCCCCUAAGAGUAUUUCUGCCUUACCUGUGAAUCCACAUCCUGUACCUCCAAGGGGACCAACAGAUCUGCCUCCCAUGCCUGUCACCAAACCAAUUCAGAUGGUACCUCGAGGUUCUCAGCUGUAUCCAGCACAACAAGCAGAUGUUUAUUAUCAGGAUCCUCGAGGAAGUGCCCCAGCUUUUGAGACAGCACCUUAUCAGCAGGGUAUGUACUAUACUCCACCACCAUGUGUGUCCCGCUUUGUCCGACCUCCACCAUCUGCUCCUGAACCUGGUCCUCCAUACUUGGAUCAUUAUUCACCCUACCUCCAAGAUCGUGUCAUAAACUCUCAGUAUGGCACACAGCCACACCAGUACCCACCUAUGUACCCAACUCACUACGAUGGCCGCCGUGUAUACCCUGCUCAGUCUUAUCCAAGAGAGGAGAUGUUCCGGGAAAGCCCUGUACCCAUCGACAUUCCAUCUGCAGCAGUCCCGUCCUAUGUACCUGAGUCCAGAGAGCGAUACCAACAAGUAGAGGGUUACUACCCAGUGGCUCCUCAUCCAGCUCAGAGCAGACCUUCAUAUCCCAGGGAUCCUCCUUAUAGUCGGCUUCCUCCUCCCCAACCCCAUCCUAGUCUGGAUGAGUUACAUCGAAGGCGGAAGGAAAUAAUGGCCCAGCUAGAGGAAAGAAAAGUCAUCUCUCCACCUCCUUUUGCACCUUCACCAACAUUGCCUCCUGCAUUCCAUCCAGAGGAAUUUUUGGAUGAAGACUUGAAAGUAGCUGGAAAAUACAAAGCAAAUGAUUAUAGCCAAUAUUCUCCUUGGUCAUGUGAUACCAUCGGCUCCUACAUUGGAACCAAAGAUGCAAAACCCAAAGAUGUUGUGGCAGCGGGGAGUGUGGAAAUGAUGAAUAUAGAAAGUAAAGGAAUGAGAGACCAGAGGUUGGAUCUUCAGAGAAGAGCAGUGGAAACUAGUGAUGAUGACCUCAUCCCAUUUGGAGACCGACCAACAGUAUCUCGAUUUGGUGCCAUCUCUCGAACAUCCAAAACACUGUAUCAGGGUGCUGGCCCAAUGCAAGCUAUAGCACCUCAGGGAGCACCCACAAAAUCUAUUAACAUUUCCGAUUACAGUGCAUAUGGAGCUCAUGGUGGCUGGGGAGAUUCUCCGUACUCACCUCAUGCAAACAUACCUCCUCAGGGACACUUCAUUGAGAGGGAGAAAAUGUCCAUGGCAGAAGUGGCCAGUCAUGGAAAACCCCUUCUAUCUGCUGAAAGAGAACAAUUACGGCUAGAAUUGCAGCAGCUGAACCAUCAGAUCAGCCAGCAGACCCAGCUACGAGGACUAGAGGCUGUUAGUAACCGGCUGGUGUUACAGAGGGAGGUGAACACCUUGGCAAGCCAGCCACAGCCCCCUCCGCUGCCUCCAAAAUGGCCUGGAAUGAUCUCAAGUGAGCAGCUAAGCUUGGAACUGCAUCAGGUGGAAAGGGAAAUUGGGAAGAGGACCCGGGAAUUGAGUAUGGAGAACCAGUGUUCUGUGGACAUGAAAAGCAAACUGGGUACAAGCAAGCAAGCAGAAAAUGGUCAGCCUGAGCCACAAAACAAGAUCCCCACUGAGGACCUUCCAUUGACAUUUAGUGAUGUACCAAAUGGAUCAGCCUUGACACAAGAGAAUCUCAGCCUCCUAUCAAACAAGACCAGCUCUUUGAACCUGUCCGAAGACUCUGAGGGAGGAGGCGAUAACAGUGAUGGCCAGAGAUCAGGAGUUGUUUCCAAUUCUGCUCCCUAGAAUAUGGGCGCCUGCUUCUACCUUCUGCUCCUAAUCAGUUCAUGGGGCAUAGGGAUAGAAAAAUGGAUAACUUCUAAACUUUUUCUCUGAGUAGUCAGUGAAGUCCAGGAAAAGCACCGGAGGCAAUGUGCACAAACACCACUACUAAACAAACCUGCACAUAGUUCACAUUGAUGCAUUUUUUUAAUUUUAAGAAAAAAAAAUUAGCAGUAUCUGCAAGCAAUUCAGAUUAAAUUUGUUUUUGUUCUGUGAAUGAACUUUAUUUUAAUAACUUUGGACGCCUUGGAUCCGGGGCUUUAAAAAAAAGAAGAUAUUAUAUAUACACACUGUUUGAUUAAUUGUAUGAUCUUAAUGAAGUAGGUUUUUCUUGUAUUUUGGUAUUAUUACAUACCCAGUGUAUAAUUCCUUUUUCCCAGUCCUUUCCAACUCUCACAGCCCUGUAAACUAAAACAGACAAAAAUGCACCGUUUCCAAGAAUUCUGUGGUAAUAGAAUGGGUUAUUAGAAACUGUGCAGCAAACUAAUUUUAUUAGAGCUAUUCUUUAACCCCAACCCUGUGUCUAGAUCACUAGCUCUGUGGAUAGAUACUUGUUUUUUACAACAGUAAAAGUUUAUUUGAGAGGAUAUGGUUUAGUUUCAACUUUUCAGAGAUGUCAACAUGCAGUUGAUUGUUUGAGCCACAUUUCUGUGUCAAGCAUUCCUUGAAUUCUCUCCAUAAAAUCUGAAAGCCUAUUUAGUGUUUACAAUGUUUACUUAGAUUUAAAUGAAGACUAUUUUACUUUAAGAAUGAACUCUGAGCCGGGCGUGGUGGCACACGCCUUUAAUCCCAGCACUUGGGAGGCAGAGGCAGGCGGAUUUCUGAG